GAAAAAACAACAACAACAACAACAAAAACAAUAUGAUUACGAUGUAAUCCCUCUUUUAACAGAGCUCAGUGGAGGCAAACAUCAGCUGAUUUUUCCUACAGAAAAACUGAAUCUCGCUGAUAAACAAGCUGCAAAACUGCAUAUGAAGCAAUACACUGAAGAUGUGUGUAAUAAUUUGAGUGUUUGGGACAGGUUUCAUCCUUUGGCUCUUUUCUUGAGCAUUUGUAGAUGCAUGACUCAGUGGAUCUGGGGCAGGAAAUAUAACUUCCUUCACAAAAUGACAGAUGAAACAGUGCCUGCUGCUCUUCUGGAAGGUGAGACGAGAGACUAUAUAGACGCCGGACUGUUGCUGAACUCACCCUACUUCUCAGUGCUGAGAGAAGAACGAGACAUUGAUCUCAUUAUUUCCCUGGAUUUCAGUGAAAGCGAUCCUUUCAAGGUAUUAUACACACAUAUAAGACCAACUCACAAACUGUGUGAGGAACUAAACAUCCCUUUCCCUGAAGUCAACAUUCCCAGUGAAGACGUGCAGAAACCGAAGGACUUCUAUGUGUUCAAAGGCCAAAACACUCCAACCGUGAUUCACAUCCCUCUGUUUAAUGUGGUCAACUGUGGAGGUGAAAUUAAGGCCUGGAGGAACAAAUAUAUCACCUUUCAAGGUCCUUACAGCGCUGAGAUGAUCACUAAUCUUAUGGAGGUCGCUGGAAAAAACAUCUCAAACAACUGA